AUGCUCGCCGUUAUACUCACCAGGUUGCCCCUUGCUCCCUCUAUUGUUGAACGAGCCACUCAGUACCAACGUCCCAUCUGAAGUUGACGUCCUCACCAUGUCUGCAACUAUCGACGACGUUAAGGGGAAGUCCUUCGAUUACAUCGUUUGCGGUGGAGGUACCGCUGGACUGACCGUCGCAGCGCGACUAUCUGAGGACCCUGCCGUUACUGUACUCCUUUUGGAGGCGGGCAAUGCUAACAUCGGCGAUAUGGCUAUUUUGCGUCCUGCUUCGUACGGCAGCCACUUUGGGAAGGCUGCCUACGCCUGGGACCACCACACGGUGAAGCAGAAGUCAACCGGGGACACGGCUCAUUCUUGGGCUAGAGGCAAGGGGCUAGGUGGAAGCUCGGCGAUCAACUUCUUGUGCUGGAUCAAGCCGCCAGCGGAAGACAUCGAUGAUAUCGAACGUCUCGGCAACCCUGGUUGGAACUGGAAGAACUACGAGAAGUUCAUUCACCGUACAGAGGGCUUCAUUCCUCCGCCGAAGGAUGUUCAAUUGAGCAAGGGUCUCAAGUUCGACACAUGGAACCUGGGAACAGAGGGUCCUCUCACCAUUGCUUACCCGUACACAAUUGAUGAUGGUGAGCUGAAGGUGCAAGAGACUUUGAUCAACGCCGGCAUCCCUCCCGCUCCCAGACCUCUGAACGGGCAGACUCACGGGACGUACUUUGCACCCUGUACGUAUGACCCUAAGACGCAUACUCGCUCUUAUGCGACUACGGCGUUCUAUCUUCCGAACAAAGAUCGGCCGAACUUUACUGUACUCGUCGCUGCGCACGUGCGCCGCGUUCUUCCUGCUUCAGAGGAUGAUUCUGAGUUUACCGCCGAGUCCGUUGAGUUUGAUCACGGCGGCGAGACCUAUGCUGUCCACGCCAAUAAGGAGAUCAUCCUCAGCACUGGUACUCUGAAGACCCCACAGAUCCUGGAACUUUCCGGUAUCGGCAACCCAAACAUUCUUCGCAACCUGGGGAUCCCGACCAAGGUCGCCCUGCCAGGAGUUGGAACCAACGUUCAGGAACAUAUGAUUGUUGGUGUCAGCUUUGAACUCCGGGAUGACGUUCCCUUCGACACGCUGGAUCUAUUAGCGGACCCGGCUACUGCCGCGAAGCAUCUGGAACUACACACUGCGGGAACUGGUCUCUUCACCACUGGCAUCAUCGGAUUUUCAUUCGCUAGACUUGAUCAAAUUAGUCCUCGGGCGGGGGAGAUCAUCAAGGAUGCUGAAGAGAAGAUCGCGAAGAACGCCAACAGCUAUCCCCCUGGGCUUUUGGAGCAAUACAAGAUCUCCCUUGAACGCCUGAAGAACGGCGUUGGUCAAGAAUUCAUCAGCUUCCCUGGAUGCAACUCAGCGCCCAACCCUCCCGAGAAAGGCAAGCGCUACGUCUCCUUCUACGUGGCAAUGAACCAUACGUUCUCGAGGGGUACCAUUCACGCGACCUCGAAGGACCCGUCCGUCGACCCUGCGUUCGACCCUCGUUAUUUCGAUGAGGAAGUUGAUCUGCAAGUAUGGGUCGAGAUGGUCAAGUUCACGAGGCGUCUUCGCGAAAUCUCGCCGCUGAAGGAGAUGACGGCCAAAGAGCUCAAUCCUGGGCCCGAUGUACAGACCGAUGAGCAGAUCGUCGACUGGAUCAAGAAGAUCAUGUCGACCACAUGGCACACUGCGAGCUCUUGUUCGAUGCUACCGAAGGCCAAUGGCGGGGUGGUCGAUCCUAAACUCCAGGUCUAUGGCACGAAGAACCUCAGGAUAGCCGAUCUUUCAGUGCUUCCUCUGCACGUAGCUGCUCAUCCUCAAGCUACUGUGUACGCUAUCGCCGAGCAAGCUGCGGACAUCAUCAAGGGCAAGCUGUGAGACGGAUGCGUCUUUGAACGGCGCCACUCAUGCUGAAAUACGGGAUUUUGAGGGCUAGCCAGUGCCGUCUCUAGCUGUACUCCGUAUGAGAACCAGAAGAUAUGCAAGCUGUAUUAUGAUACUUGGAAAAGGAGUUCUCCGCGUGAAUAUCAUCGUUACUUCG